UAGAGCCAAAUACUUCUUCCUUCCUGACCCAACCAGCGCUUCAGUGACACCCUAGGAAAUUGCAGCCCCCUCCCCACGCCUGCAAAGUACUCCCCUCUCCUCACUUCGCCCCCGCCCCGCACCUGUCAUCAGGUGGCGUGUCUCAUAAUGUGCUUAUCUGAGCUUUUUGUCUGUCUCCUCUCACUAAACGCAAGCUCCCAGAGCGGGGAGGUCUUUGCCUCUUUGUCCGAGCGCCAAACCUACAAAGCCUAGAACAGAAAGAACUUCGGCCGGGGAGUGGGGAUCAGUGACAACUCACCAAAUGCAGGAGUGCAGGAAUGAAUGAAUGGAGGAAGAAAGAAUAAAGGCUCCAGGUUUUAUCAGAGGGAAGAGAUGCACCAGAAAGGGGUCACACAAGGGGCGUGCACACCCCGCACCAGCUCGAGGCCUGACUCCAGGGGCCCUCAGCAGAGGCAAGCGAGCGGCUCGGCUCGGUGCAGGCAAGCGACGUGCUGCUGGCUGGCUCGCUGGGCUGCCCAGGGGAGAUGAUUCCUCGCCGGGAGGGCGCCUCUGGGAAGAAGACCACGGGGGAAGCAAAGUUUCGGGGCAGCUGAAGCGCCCUGCUCGCAGCCCUUCCGAGCCCAAUCACCUCCCGGGCUAUGGAGGGCGGACUCUAAGAUGAAUCCCCAUCUGGACGCCGGCCACAACACAUCUGCACCUGCCCACUGGGGAGAGUUGAAAAAUGCCAACUUCAGUGGCCCCAACCAGACCUCGAACAACUCCACGCUGCCCCAGUUGGACAUCACCAGGGCCAUCUCUGUGGGCCUGGUGCUGGGCGCCUUCAUCCUCUUUGCCAUCGUGGGCAACAUCUUGGUCAUCUUGUCUGUGGCCUGCAACCGGCACCUGCGGACGCCCACCAACUACUUCAUCGUCAACCUGGCCAUUGCCGACCUCCUGUUGAGUUUCACUGUCCUGCCCUUCUCGGCGACCCUGGAGGUGCUAGGCUACUGGGUGCUGGGGCGGAUCUUCUGUGACAUCUGGGCAGCUGUGGACGUCCUGUGCUGCACGGCCUCCAUUCUGAGCCUGUGCGCCAUCUCCAUCGAUCGCUACAUCGGGGUGCGCUACUCUUUGCGGUACCCCACCCUGGUCACCAGGAGGAAGGCCAUCUUGGCGCUCCUCAGUGUCUGGGUGUUGUCCACGGUCAUCUCCAUUGGGCCUCUCCUUGGCUGGAAGGAGCCAGCGCCCAAUGAUGACAAGGAAUGUGGGGUCACCGAAGAACCUUUCUACGCCCUCUUCUCCUCCCUGGGCUCCUUCUACAUCCCUCUGGCGGUCAUUCUGGUCAUGUACUGCCGCGUCUACAUAGUGGCCAAGAGGACCACGAAGAACCUGGAGGCAGGCGUCAUGAAGGAGAUGUCCAACUCCAAGGAGUUGACCCUGAGGAUCCACUCCAAGAACUUUCAUGAGGACACACUCAGCAGUACCAAGGCCAAGGGUCACAACCCCAGGAGUUCCAUAGCUGUCAAACUUUUUAAAUUCUCCAGGGAAAAGAAAGCAGCCAAGACCUUGGGCAUUGUGGUCGGUAUGUUCAUCUUGUGCUGGCUCCCCUUCUUCAUCGCUCUCCCACUUGGCUCCUUGUUCUCCACCCUGAAGCCCCCCGACGCCGUGUUCAAGGUGGUGUUCUGGCUGGGCUACUUCAACAGCUGCCUCAACCCCAUCAUCUACCCGUGCUCCAGCAAGGAGUUCAAGCGCGCCUUCCUGCGCAUCCUCGGGUGCCAGUGCCGCGGCCGCCGUCGCCGCCGUCGCCGUCGCCGCCUGGGCGGCUGCGCCUACACCUACCGGCCGUGGACGCGCGGCGGCUCGCUGGAGCGCUCGCAGUCGCGCAAGGACUCGCUGGACGACAGCGGCAGCUGCCUGAGCGGCAGCCAGCGGACCCUGCCCUCGGCGUCCCCCAGCCCGGGCUACCUGGGCCGCGGCGCGGCGCCGCCCGUCGAGCUGUGCGCCUUUCCCGAGUGGAAGGCGCCGGGCGCGCUCCUGAGCCUGCCCGCGCCCGCGCCCGCGCCCCCGAAUCCCCGCGCGCGCGCCCCGGGCCCGCUCUUCCCCUUCAAGCUGUUGGCCGAGCCCGAGAGCCCCGGCGCCGACGCGGACGCCUGCAGCGGCCCGGGCGGCGAGGGCGCGGCCGACGUGGCCAACGGGCAGCCGGGCUUCAAGAGCAACAUGCCCCUGGCGCCCGCGCGGUUCUAGGCUCCUUUCCCGGGGAGGGCGCCACCGUGGGGGCGGGCGGGGGCGGGCGCCCAGGGGACCCGGGGACGGGAGAGGGGCAGCUGCUUUUCUGGCAGGGGCAUGGGUGCCAGGUACAGCGCGGAGAGCUGGGCCGAGCAUGCCGAGAGCCUGGGGACCCCCCCGCCGGGAUUUCCGCCUCUCUCUCCCUUCUCUCCCUGUAUAUACCGAGUCCCUCUCUCCAUGUAUUUAACUCUGGGUACACGUGCGUGUGUCGGUGCGGUGUACGUGUGGUUCUGCAUGUGUGCGUGUGUGGGCGGUGGGAGAGUGUGCGCCCCGGGAGCCAGCGGCAGCACCCCGGGCCUGGUGUGUCUUGUGAUUUCCUACGUCUCAAGUCCCUCCUACUUCUUUGAUCGAUGAUGGCACUUUGAUGAGGUGGGACACAAAGUCAGACAUUAAAGAUCCUUUCUCCAGUG